AUUUCGCAUGUAAAAAUAUUUAUUCAGCAGUAGUUAUGAAGUAUGCUCCAGAUCCAUUGAAUAGAAAUGGGUUGCAUCUCAUUCUACAGGGCAAUCGGGGACUGUUCCCUUUUCACCUUAAAUAAUUCUAGAUUAAACCAUGCAAUAUACACAUCAACAAGCUCUGAUUGGUCUGAUUGGCAUCUUGGGACCCGCUCUCCUCUCUCUGUUUCGACGAAACGGUUUUCAAUUCAGGGCCCAUCAUGUCCAAACUCUAUUGUCCCUCAUCUGCACGUUCAUCAGUUGGCGUCAACGCCAUCAGGACACCUCUUAUUGGCUUUUCUUCGACGCCUAGUCCACCCUGGAUUGUCUCACAGCGGACCGGGUCACCGGGUGGCGGCAGGGCCGUUCGUAGACAGGCGCGGUGGAACGAAGGAUCCAGCAUCCGGAGACUUGAAGAGGGCAAAUUUU